AUGCCGAUGGAAGCGGUAAUGAUCAUUGUCGACAACAGUGAGAGCAGCCGGAAUGGUGACUAUCAGCCGACACGGUUCGAUGCCCAGUCCGACGCUGUUGGCGUCGUUUUCCAGCACAUUGUCCAGGGCAACCCGGAGUCAGAAAUCGGCCUGAUGAGUAUGGCCGGCAAAGGCCCCGAGGUGCUUGUCACCAUGACGACCGAGCAGGGCAAGAUUUUCGAGGGCCUGCACCGGACGAAGAAGCGGAUCCGUGGAGAUGCCCACCUGGUGACGAGUCUGCAGGUGGCCCUGCUCGCGCUCAAGCACCGCAAGAACAAGACGCAGCGCACGCGCAUCAUCGCCUUUGUGUGCUCGCCCGUGGCCGAGGACGAGAAGACGCUGCUCUCGCUGGCCGGCAAGCUCAAGAAGAACAGUGUGUCGGUGGACUUUGUGCUGUUCGGCGACCUGGACGAGGCCACGCAGGAGAAGCUGCAGAAGUUCAACGACAAGGUCAAGGGCAGCGAGGGCAGCCACAUGGUGGUGAUCGCACCGAGCGGCCGGCUGCUGAGCGACCAGCUCAUCGCGACACCGAUCCUGCUGGGCGAGGGCGCGUCGGCGGCAGCCGCAGGCGGCAGUGGUGGUGGUGGCGGCGACGCCGGCGACUUCAACGAGCUGGGCUUCGACCCGUCGUCGGACCCCGAGCUGGCACUGGCGCUGCGUAUGAGCAUGGAGGAGGAGAACGCACGGCAACAGAAGCGGGCCCGCGAGGAGGCAGAGGCAGCCAAAAAGGCGAGCCUGGACUCGGUCAAGGAGGAAGAUGAGGCGGCACAGCCUCUGCUGGACGAAACAGGUCAGGCCAGCGGCAGCGCUAAGAAGGCCGACGAGGGCGCCAAGGACGGUAAGGACGACGACAACAUGGACACGUCAUGA